CUCCUCCUCCUCCUCCUCCUCCUCCACCUCCACCCCAUGAUCUGCCUCGUCCUCACCAUCUUUGCCAACAUCUUCCCCGCCGGCGGGAGCGGGCCGAAGGAGCGCACGUUCCUGGCCAUCAAGCCGGACGGCUUCCAGCGCCGCCUGGUCGGGGACAUCCUCCGGCGCUUCGAGAACAAAGGCUUCAAGCUCGUCGGACUCAAGCUGAUGCAGGCCUCCGAGGACCUGCUGAAGGAACACUACGCCGCCCUGCGGGACCGCCCCUUCUACCACCGCCUCAUCCACUACAUGAGCUCGGGGCCCGUCGUUGCCAUGGUGUGGCAGGGGCCGGACGUGGUCCGCUCGUGCCGGGCGCUCAUUGGGGCCACCGACCCUGCCGAAUCCCCGCCCGGCACCAUCCGAGGGGACUACUCGAUUGAAGCGGGCAGGAACCUGAUCCACGGCAGCGACUCCGUGGACAGUGCCCGCCGGGAGAUCGGCCUGUGGUUCCGGGCGGAGGAGCUGCUGUGCUGGGAGGACAGUGCGGAGCACUGGCUGUACGAGUAGCACGGGCCGGGCCGAGCCCCCGGCCGGUCCCGGCCUGUGGAGGGGAGGGUCCCCUCCCGCCCAGUGCUGUUGUUUCCCUCUCUGGGAUCGGGCUGAAGCUAGAGCCCAGGCUGGCGGAGGGAGGAGGGUCACGGGGGUCCGGUCUGGUCUCCGCCGUCACCCCCUCCGGCCGCUUAGUCUGCCGGCACCCGCCACCGGUAGCACGGGCUAAGGCCGACCCGCGUCUUCCCCUCUCCCCCUCCCUCUGGAGCCGAGCAUCUCGGCGGGGCGGGGGGAACGGACGGACAUGACGGUCCGACGCCGCCGAGGCCCAGCCUCGGGGCUCCCGCCAACCGAUCCGGCCCCUUGAGCGCAAUAGAAAGGUCCAACGGGAACACCCGCCGCCCAGCACGAUGGGCCUUGGCUGUGUUUUGAUAAUAAAACCGUGGGAAAACCA